AGCUGACACAUCAGCGUGUAGCAGAUCUUUGAGAGUGUUUUGUGCCAGGAAUGUAUCCGUGCUUCCGCCUCGUGAAAGCAGAGUGAGCCGGUUGCUUUGGCAGCAGAAACAACAGCAACGUCCCAGCUGCUUUCUGUCCAGGUCCCCUCCUGGCCUGCUGCCCACCACACACACUCCUUCCUCUAACACACACUCUUUACCUCACCUCAACCAGAGCUCUGUGUUAUCACUACCACUCCAAACACACACUUUGACCUCACCAUGCUGGGACAGGAGUUCCUGCGGAAGCUGAAGAUGCCAGAUCUGAAUGAUGUCAGCCAGUACAUCCAGAGCGUCUCCACCCCAGUGCUGGUCAGCGUGGGGGCGGUGGCUGCCGCGACAACAUACUACCUGGCAACCCGGCCCAAAGCCCUCCCGCCAGUGUGCGACCUCCGCAUGCAGUCCGUGGAGGUUCAGGGUGGAGAGUUGGCACGCCGAUCGGUGCUGCUGAAAGGAGACGCUAACAUCACACACUUCUACGAUGACGCCACAACAAUGUACGAGUGCUUCCUCAGAGGCGUCAGAGUCUCCAAUAACGGCCCAUUCCUGGGCUCCAGGAAACCCAAACAGCCGUAUGAGUGGAUGUCCUACAGAGAGGUAAUGGAGCGAUCAGAGAAUUUGGGAUCCGCGUUUCUUCACAAAGGACACUCCAAGACGACAGACCCCCACAUUGGCAUCUUCUCUCAGAACAGACCCGAGUGGACCAUCAGUGAGCUGGCGUGUUACACCUAUUCUCUGGUGUCAGUCCCUCUGUAUGACACACUGGGCACAGAAGCCAUCCUCUACAUCAUAGACAAAGCUUCCAUCUCGACCGUUUUGUGUGACGUGGCAGAGAAAGUGGAGCUGGUGCUGGACUGUGUUAAGGACAGGACCCACUCAGUGAAGACCAUCGUCCUGAUGGAGGCCCCCAGUGCUGAUCUGGUCAGCAGGGGCCAGCAGGCGGGGGUCCACAUCAUCAGCCUGCAGGAGAUGGAGGCUAAUGGAAAGGCUAACCAUCGCCAACCAAUGCCUCCACGACCUGAGGACAUGGCUCUCAUCUGCUUCACCAGUGGAACAACAGGAAACCCAAAGGGAGCGAUGUUGACUCACAGGAAUGUCGUGUCCAACUGCUCGGCCUUCAUCAAAACUACAGAGUCUAACGCUCAGACCACCUCAGAGGAUGUCCUGCUGUCUUUUCUGCCUCUGGCCCACAUGUUUGAGAGAGUGGUGGAGGUGUGUGCUCCGUUUUCUCACAGUGAUGUCCAUAUUUCCUUCCUGCCCCUGGCUCAUAUGUUCGAGAGAGUAGUCCAGGGAGUGAUGAUAGUGCACGGAGCCAGGAUCGGCUUUUUCCAGGGAGAUAUCCGUCUGCUGUCAGAUGACCUGAACACACUGAAGCCCACUGUGUUCCCUGUGGUGCCCCGACUCCUCAACAGAAUGUAUGACAAGAUCUUCGGGCAGGCUAACACCUCCCUGAAGCGCUGGCUGCUGGGGUUCGCCUACAGGAGGAAGGAGUCUGAGAUCAAGAGAGGCAUCGUGAGGAGAGACAGCAUCUGGGAUCGACUCAUCUUCGGGAAGGUUCAGGCCAGCCUCGGAGGCCGUGUGCGUCUCAUGCUGACAGGAGCUGCUCCCAUCUCCCCCACGGUCCUCACCUUCCUCAGAGCUGCUAUAGGCUGCCAGCUCUAUGAAGGCUAUGGACAGACAGAGUGUACUGCUGGAUGCACCUUGACCAUGCCCGGGGAGUACAAUGCAGGUCACGUUGGAGCUCCUCUGCCCUGUAACUCCCUCAAACUGGUGGAUGUGUCUGAGAUGAACUACUUGGCUGUAAACGGGGAGGGAGAGGUGUGUGUGAAGGGCCCUAACGUGUUCCAGGGCUACCUGAAGGACCCAGAGAAGACGGCAGAGGCUAUCGAUGCAGAUGGAUGGCUGCACACCGGAGACGUUGGAAAAUGGCUUCCUAAUGGCACGUUGAAGAUCGUGGACAGGAAGAAGCACAUCUUUAAGCUGGCCCAGGGGGAGUACAUCGCUCCUGAGAAGAUAGAGAAUGUGUACAUGAGGAGCGAUGCAGUGGCACAGGUGUUCGUACACGGAGACAGUCUGCAGGCGUGUUUGGUAGCUGUGGUGGUUCCUGACCCUGACUUCCUGUCUGGCUGGACCAAGAGAACUCUGGGACUGGAGGGCAGCUUCCAGGAGCUCUGUGGCAGAGCGGAAGUAAAGGCAGCCAUCUUUGAGGACAUGAUGAGACUUGGGAAGGAAGGAGGCCUCAAGUCCUUUGAGCAGGUGAAGUCCAUCUACGUCCACACUGAGCUGUUCUCCAUCGAGAACGGCCUGCUCACUCCCACACUGAAGGCGAAGAGGAACGAGCAGCGACAGUACUUCAGAUCCCAGAUAGACAAUUUGUACUCCGGGAUCAAAAUGUAAAACAAAGACAAAGUGGACACAAGCUCUACCAAAGUGGUUUUUAAUAUGAAGGGAAGUUAAAACACAAAGGGAAGCAAAUGAAGAGAUCCUCUCAGACCAAAACCAACAUGUUUAGUUACCCUGGGAACAACAGCAACAGGAAGUGAUGUAGCUUUAAAAUGGAACUUGAUUCAGAGCAUUUAGAACAAAAUCUAUGAGUCUAAUCUAUGAUCUAUAGCACAGAAUACAAGAGUAGAUUUAAAAGAUUAUGAUUGUUUGUCUAUUGAUGAAAUCGUUUUGCCUAAGCCAUGUGCAGUACGAUUUCUGUGAUAAAGUGUUGAUUCUAAUCAGCUAUUUUGUGAUAUCAUCUCCAUUAGGGGUGUUUUUUUAAGUUUUGUAGGGAAAGUGCAACUUUGUGGCUUCAGACAACUCAGGAUUUCACACACAGUACCUCCAAAACACACACUUUUAACUCCAAGGAUAGAUGAAGGCCGAAACGGGUUCACUGAAGGUUUUGCAGCUUCACAAACCAUACAUCUCAGGUCUUUGAUACGAUGUUUUGUCAGAUGUCAAGAUUUUAUUUCAAUAUGUUUCUUGAGUUUGUUUUGAAGUUGAAUUCCACAAUGUGUAACGAGAUUAUUUUCAGUGAAUAAGCUUGGAUCCAAUAAGGACCCGGGAACAUUCAGCGUGAGCCAUAUUAAAAUAAACUUAACAAAACUAGCUGGAAUCCGGGUACUAAAGAACAGUAACGGACACUGUCAAUGUUUUGAUUUAUUUAUAAAGGGAUGAUGAUUUGUUGAAUAAAUUGGUUUUCUUAAAUUAUUAUAAUUUAAUGCUGUAGGGGGAGAAUAAACAUCUCCAAAUAAAAUUGUUAACAAUUUGAUUAAAGUCCUUUGAAAUGUUUAUAGGGAAAUAUGUAUGUUUUAAUCAUUUUAAUCUGUCUUCAAAUUUAUUUUGUAAAAAAUGUAAUUAAAAUGUAUCGGAAGAGAAGAGCA